AAUCUUUUUUCUUCUGUCAAGUUGUCGUAAUAAAAUUCGAAACACUCCGUUUUUCCAGUCAGUCACUUUCGAGCUCCCGAGUGUAUACGCGCAUGUAAUUUAUUUAUUGUUGAAAUUUAUAUUGUCGUUCAUCGCUCAAAUAUAUUUGAACUCUAACUUAAAGUUAGUCGAUAAAAUUAACGUAAGAUUUUCUGAUCAGCUAUUAAGAGUCAUGGCAGCGUACUCAACCAAAGUGUCUCUAAAUGAAGUAGUAAUAGCUUCAGCAGUCAGAACUCCGAUGGGUUCCUUCAGAGGGAGCUUGGCCACCCUUUCAGCUCCAGAACUAGGCGCUGUGGCAGUAAAAGCAGCUAUCGAAAGAGCCGGCAUUUCAAAGGAGGAAGUUAAAGAGGUGUACAUUGGGAAUGUUUGCUCUGCAUCUGUUGGCCAAGCUCCAGCCAGGCAGGCAGUGAUAUACGCUGGUCUCCCAAAAAGCACAAUAUGCACUACAGUAAACAAAGUAUGUUCCUCCGGUAUGAAAUCUGUAAUGCUAGCAGCUCAAGGCCUUCAAACUGGUGCCCAAGAUGUCAUUUUAGCCGGAGGAAUGGAAUCUAUGUCAAAUGUACCAUUUUAUCUGAAAAGGGGUGAAACUACAUAUGGGGGAAUGCAAUUGAUAGAUGGCAUUGUAUUUGAUGGAUUGACUGAUGUUUACAACAAAUUCCACAUGGGGAAUUGUGCAGAAAACACUGCAAAGAAACUAGAAAUAAAUAGGCAGCAACAAGACGAUUAUGCCAUAUCCAGUUAUAAGAGAAGUGCAGGUGCUUAUGAAUCUAAAGCAUUUGCUGAUGAAUUAGUACCAGUACCUGUCCCACAAAAACGUGGUGCCCCACCAGUCAUAUUUUCAGAAGAUGAGGAAUACAAACGUGUCAACUUUGAGAAGUUCAAUAAAUUAGCUACGGUAUUUCAAAAAGAAAAUGGAACUGUGACAGCUGGCAAUGCUUCAACGUUAAAUGAUGGUGCAGCAGCUUUGGUGCUUAUGACUGCUGAUGCGGCACGCAGGUUGAAUGUUACCCCAAUUGCCCGUAUUGUUGGAUUUGCUGAUGGCGAAUGUGACCCAAUUGACUUUCCUAUUGCACCUGCAGUUGCAAUACCAAAGUUAUUAGAAAAGACUGGUGUUAAAAAAGAAGAUGUUGCACUAUGGGAAAUCAAUGAAGCUUUCAGUGUAGUGGCAGUCGCCAAUCAAAAGCUUUUAGAUCUUGACCCAGCUAAAGUUAACGUACAUGGAGGUGCAGUGAGCUUGGGUCAUCCUAUUGGCAUGUCCGGAGCUCGUCUCGUUGUCCAUUUAUGUCAUGCUUUAAAGAAAGGAGAGAAAGGUGUCGGUGCUAUCUGUAACGGAGGUGGUGGUGCUUCGUCAAUAAUGAUUGAAAAAUUGGCCAACACAGUUGAAGGUCCACCGAUAUUGACAUUCUAUACAAAAACUCCAUGUCCUUUAUGUGACAUAGUUAUGGAAGAAUUAGAACCAUACAAAAAUAAGUUGAUAAUUGAAAAAGUUGAUAUUACAAGACCCGAAAACCUUAAGUGGCUCAGACUGUAUAGACUUGAUAUACCUGUGUUAUUUUUAAAUGGUAAAUUUUUAUGUAUGCAUAGGUUAAAUCAUGGUAUAUUACAAAAACGACUACAGGAAAUUACAGAACAAUAAUGAAAUGUGUUCCAUAACAUACCUAAGUGGGAGGUCCCUAUCUUCAGUUAUAACUUUAUAAGCUUUCAGAUCAGUACAUGUAUGUUGUAUAUUUACAACUUUUUUUC